CGUGCUGGCGACGGCCUCGCGGACGGGCGGAACUCGCUUUCCGCCGAGUCCAGUUUCCGGCGGAUGCCUUUGGGCAGCUGGAGUCGCCAUGGCGCUGCAGGCCGAGCUGCUGUUGGCCGCCUGUGCAGGCCUCGGACUGUGGUUGCUCUGGACUUGGGCCUGGAGCUGCUCGGGGCGUACGCGGGGCGUGGGCGGGGAGCCGGGGCGGGAUGGGUCCGGGAGAAGGGCCCUGCUCUUGACCGCGCACCCGGACGACGAGGCCAUGUUCUUUGCCCCCACGCUCCUGGGCCUGACCCGGCUGAGCUACCGGGUCUCCCUGCUCUGCUUCUCCGCAGGCAAUUACUACAAUCAAGGGGCCAUUCGUAAGAGAGAACUUUUGCAGAGCUGUGAUGUUUUGGGGAUUCCACCCUCCAGUGUAACAAUUAUUGACCACAGACAUCUCCCGGAUGACCCAAAUAUACAAUGGAACACAGAGCUCAUGGCUACCCUUCUCCUAAGGCACAUCAAGGCCAACCUCAUUGAUCUGGUGGUGACGUUUGACAGUGGUGUGAGCGGUCAUGCCAACCACAUUGCCCUUUACUCUGCAGUAAGGUUCCUACAUUCCCAGGGAAAACUGCCUGAAGGAUGCUCAGUCCUUACCUUGGAGUCUGUGAAUAUGCUGCGGAAAUACAUGUCCAUCCUGGACCUGCCCUUCACCUGGUUACAAACCCAGGAUGUCCUCUUUGUGCUAACCAGAAAAGAAGCAGAGCAGGCCAAGAAGGCCAUGCUGUGUCACGAAAGUCAGCUCCUCUGGUUCCGACACCUCUAUGUCAUCUUCUCCCGCUUCAUGGUCAUCAACUCUCUGAACUUCCUCUAACACUGCAGAGUCUCAAGCACCCAGCAAUGAAAGCGGAGUGUUCCCAGGAGACAGGGCUCUCUUCAAGCCCUGACCUCAUCCCUGCCCCAGCUCCAGAGGCCCGGGGGUCUGUCUACACCUGCAGGGUCAGUCUACAACUGUUCUGUUUCCCAAGGUGCAGAGGACUCCAGGAAGCAGACAGCAGAGGUCAUCUCCCCGGAGUUGUAGUCAGUAAGCGUCUGCCCUUCUCCACACAGCCUGCAGCCUGAAUGGGUGGGGAAGGGGACAGAUCUGUGCCCUCCAGACAGUAUGGGAGGGAAAGGACAGAGGACCAAUCAGGUGAGGGACAGAGGGCGGAUUCCUCUUCUUUCUCCAUUAAAGCUUUGAUAUUUUCAAGUUGGUCUUAUAUUUCUUGUGAGCGUGCAAAGAGGGCUGAACUUGGAGGCAAGAAAGCUGGCUCUGUUCCUCGUGUGAUCCCAGGUCAUUUGUCAUCUCUGAGUCUUAGUUUCCUCCUAUGUGAAAUGAGUAGAACCCCUGCAGGACCAACGUCAUGGAGAGACUCACCCGAGAUCAGCUCCAUAAAGGAUUUGGCCAACCCCAAAGCACCUUAUGGCUGGCAGCCGUGACCCGUUGAAUCAGAAGACCUGGAUUCAUGGCCUACCUCCGACACAUCCAGGCUUUGUGAGCCCUGGCAAGUCUCUUAAGAAUAUAAGAGGCAGAAGCAUCAUCGGCCUACAUUGAUAGAGGCCAUUUCCUCCUCGGCAGCUCCCAGUACCAAGGAGAUCCCAGGUCUGAUCUCCAGAACAAGCACAUCAGAGAGAUGGCUGCUAGCCAUGCAGACUGGAGGCCUCUGAGGUCCCUUCCAACUCAAAAAGCCUGGGAUUCUGCACUAGCUACCUGGCAAAGACAUGAGGGGUGAGGACUUGGCAGAUGGUGAGGGGGCAGAGACCCGCCCAGUCUAAGAAGAAACAUGGGCUGCAUGGAGGGAAGUGACACCAGUUAACACAGGCAAGGUAGAGUAGCUUCAGUUUGUAUUGGGCCUAAAACAUCAACCAGGCAAAGGAUUUUAAAUGUUCCUCGGUGGGUACUAGAGAGCCACGAAGGAUUUUGGAGCAGCCUAGUGACAGGCUGCUCUCCGGAUUCUCUUCCAGCUCUGAUACUCUUUGUGAGACUGUUAAUACAAACAGGAAGGAAAAUACAAAUAGGAGUAGUACCCAAGAUUUCGCAAGAUUCCAGUUCUUCCUGGUCACGGCUUUGAGGGGAUUAAUGUUGGCCUAUGGAGGCUUGUGAACCUAGAAUUCUUAAGCCACUAUGUCUUUGACCAAAGGAGCUACAAUCCCCCUAAACAUUUCAAGCUCCAGAAAAGGGAAAAAAAACCCAGUAAUAAUACGCCUCAGGGUCCACUGAACACCACCACAUGAGCCAUCUUCUCAGUUCUAACUUUGUGAACCUGUAAAAUAACAGCUCAGGGCCAAUCAGGUGUCAAAAAUUCAAUUUCUUCCAGCCUUAAGUGCAUCCAAAGAGAUAAUUGACUGUCUGAGCUGAAGGAUUGACCCUGGGACUCCUCCCCUCUCCCUACCCUCCUCCCCAUCUCCAGCUCCAUUAUUGGUUGCUGGCUCCAUGCAUCCAAAUGGAGGCAUGAUUAUGGUAUAUUGAGACCAUAAGAUGCCUUCCAGCUCCUGCUCCCCCUCCGGCGGACUUGCAGACUUUGAGGAACUCCCCAGGUCAAUGAAAGAUUUAAAGGGACCAUGAUGUUUAUCUUCAGGUAUUUAAAUGACUGGCCAAUGGAAGAGGAAUUAGCUUUGUUUUGCUUGGCCCUGGCAAGGCAGAUCCGGGAGCGGAGGUAGAAGAGAGGCAGUUGUUUAUGCUACCUCUAAGGGAAAACUUCCUCUAUCUAAGAUAGAAAUUUAUUCUAUAUCCAAGGGAAAACUUCUCCACUGUGAGAACUCUGGAAAAGUGAGAUGCCUUGUAAAGGAGUGGCUUCCUCAUUGUUGAAGUUCUCAAAGCUCUUGAUGACCAGGAAAAGGCCUUGGCUCUGGAGGCAGAGGACCUGGAUUCAAAUCCUGCCUCUUACUACCUGUGUGACCAUGGGGAAGUCAGCCUCAGUUUCCUCAUCUGCAAACCAGAAGAGUUGGACUAGAUGGCCUGUGAGGGCCCUACCAGCUCUAGAUCUGCGCUCCGAUAUGCAAAUAUAACUUGUUAGGGAGGUCCACAGAGGAGAUGAACUGGGUGGCUUCCAAUCUCUCCCAACUCAAAGAUUCUCCAAUUCUCUGACUGUCUUGAUCACCUCCAAAGUGCCAGCCAGUUCUCAGUCCAUGAGAAGAGUGAAGGUGACCACUAACCUGAGGGCUCCCCAAAAGGCCACUUUAUGACCCCAGUCAUAAGUCAGUUUCCUUCCAACCAAAUGCAUUUGUCCACAGCAGGCACCCUCCUAAGAAGUUGUGGUGAAACUUAAUUUCUGUGUAAUGAAUUCCAAUUUGAAUGUCUGGGGCUGGGGAGGGGGCAAAGCUCACUAUUUAAAGGAAUUUGUGUAUGAGAAGUGGGAGAAAAGAUAUCAAGGUGAGGCCUAAUUGGAGAAGAAUAGUGAACAUGAAGGUAACAGAUUAUGCUUUACCAUGGAAGCCAUGAAAUAUGAAAAGACCUAGAAGGAGGCCGUCUCCCUAUUGUGGGGAGCCUCUGCGGAGGAUUUUGGGAAGGACACAAAUGAGAAGGGCCCAUUAGGGAAAAAAGCAUGGUUGGGCUGGGACUUGUACCCAUGGAGGACAGGGCUGUGUCAGAAUGUGAAGAGAAUUCAUUCUUUUUUCAGGUUGUGGAUAUCUUUUGUUUUCCUACUGUAUUGCUCCCUCUUCCAGUGGGCCAUCCGUUGAAACAAAGAAUGAAAAAGGGUGGGGAGGGAAUAGUUCAGUAAAACCAACCCGGAUGACAUAAAGGAAGAGUAGCCCCCACCUCCGCCUCCACCCCGCUGCUUGCUCCUCUCUCCUCUUUGGGGGCAAGCUUGAUGGCUGCAAUUUCCCACCACUCCAUUUCAGUUAAAAGUCACUCUUCUCAUGCA